AUGAGCUGCCAAGCAUUURCUUCCUCAGACACCUUUGUGCCCUUGAAUUCUGAGUCUUCUCCCUCUCUGCCUCUGAUAAUGCAUCACAGCGCCGCAGAGUGCCUGCAGGUCUCCAACCACACCACCAAUGUUGUGUCUACUGUCCCACCUGUUUUGUCUUUGCUCCCAACUCGUGUGUUCGUGCACCGGCUUUGCCACCCCAACCCCGGGACACCUCGGCCAGGCCUUCACUACUCGGUGCCCUCGUGUCACUAUGGGAAUCAGCCUUCUACUUAUGGGGUCAUGGCAGGUAUCAAACCUGCRACUCCAGAGAUGCUCUCAGCAAGUCUCUCCCAGACUCGCAUCUUGCAGACGUGCAGCAUGCCSCACCCCAAUGUGGUAAAUGGUGUCAGCACCUUGCAAAGUGGGCUGACCCCGUGCCUGUACAAGUUCCCYGAGCAUGCCCUGAGUGCCAGCUCCUGUGCCCUGGGCCAUGGMUUUGCCCCCAUGGCCCAGCCCCUGCUCACGGACGAUCCCAAUGCCGCCGACUUCAAGCAGGAAUUCCGCAGGAAAAGCAAGGCUGUGGAGGAYCCCGUGGACAUGGACUCGCCUGAAAUCAGGGAACUGGAGAAAUUUGCCAACGAGUUUAAGCUGAGGAGAAUUAAGCUGGGCUAUACACAAACCAACGUGGGAGAAGCGCUGGCUGCUGUGCACGGCUCUGAGUUCAGCCAGACAACAAUUUGCCGGUUCGAGAACUUGCAGCUGAGCUUCAAGAACGCCUGCAAGCUGAAAUCCAUCCUGUCCAAGUGGCUGGAGGAAGCAGAACAAGUGGGAGCUUUGUACAAUGAAAAAGUUGGAGUGAAUGAACGGAAGAGAAAGCGCAGAACCACCAUCAGCAUCGCUGCCAAAGAAGCCCUGGAGAGGCACUUUGGAGAACAAAGUAAGCCUUCUUCUCAGGAAAUUAUGAGGAUGGCUGAGGGGCUUAAUCUCGAGAAAGAAGUCGUGAGAGUUUGGUUUUGCAACAGAAGACAAAGGGAAAAAAGAGUGAAAACCAGUUUACACCAGAAUGCUUUCAGUUCUAUCAUCAAGGAGCACCAGGAAUGCCGGUAAAGCUUUUCCACUACA